AUUACACGAUUUACCAUCAGAUUUACAGUUCGGCUUUAGAAGUCGUUUUAACAACUGAAAAUGCUAUAUUCUUUUUCUCUGUGAGGUACUGGAUUGGUUAAACAAAAAGUUUCGAACAAUAUGCAUAUUUUUUUAUUUAACUAGGGCGUUUGAUUGUGUUGAUCACAAAAUAUUGCUCCAGAAGUUGGACUAUUACAGAAUAUGGGGCAUAGCCCACAAUUGGUUCACCUCUUACUUUAGCAACAGACAGCAAAAGGUCAUUAUUCAGUGUUGAGAAUGGAUGUGAUGUGGGGUCUUGGUGGGGUACGGUUAAGUGGUGGUUGCCCCAGGGAUCAAUGUUGGGGCCACUCCUGUUCCUUAUUUAUAUAAAUGAUAUGACCUCUAGUAUUACAAGUAAUUCUAAAAUAUUUCUGUUUGCUGAUGUCACUAGCUUGGUAGUAAAGGAUGUUGGGUGUCUUGCUUGCGAUGGACGUCGAAAGACUAAUAACAAUGUGCGUGAACGCCCCAUGUUGUGGGACCAGAAAAAUAAACUUUACCACAAUAGGGAUUUUAUACGUCAAGCAUGGAAUGAAAUAGCUGAAGAUUGUGGAACAGACAGCGAGGUAAUGAAGAAUAAAUGGAAGAACCAAUGUGACACUUUCCGCUCUGAACUUAAAAAAACUCGUGCUGAACGUUCAGGAGACGAAGGUGGCAUGCUGCCUUUCCAAUCCAAUUAGCUGUGGUACGAGCUAAUGACCUUCCUGACUGACAUAAUGACGCCAUGGAAGACGAAGACUAAUGUUCAUCACAGUAAAAGAUCAACAUCACAACACGACGACGUACCAUUCUCCCCAGCUCUUACAGAGAGAGUGUUUCACCUGAUGAAACCAACCAAGCCAGCUCUUCAAGACUAUCUGUAAGUUCAGAGUGUAGCGUUUAGAUGCCUCCUCCCUCACCCACCCUACACACAAACCAAAACAAGAGAUCCAAGAAAUCGACAAACCCUCAGUUGCUAAAUAUAGAGAAGCAAAAGUUGAAACUAAUUGAGCAUCAAACGUCGAAAUCAGAAACGCAAGAUGACAGCUAUCAUUUUGUAGUGAGUUGGGUCCGGCAAUGUGAAAACUAUCACCAGCAACUCAGUUGAGAGCCAGGAUAAAAAUUCAGCAGGUUCUUUUGGAAGAAUUGGAACAAUCAACCACUUCCACUGCACAUUCGUUGAUGUCACCCUAUGCACCUGAAAAUCCAGUUGAAAUCAUAAUUGCUGGAAAUCCGCAAAAUGAAACCUGAUGACAUUGGUAUUUCAAGCCACCAAGAUUCUGAAAACUUUGAUACUUAAGUGAGUGAACUGUGAUGUAUUUUACUUCUCAUUGUCAACUACAUCAAAAUUUAGUAAA